AUUGUAAUAUUCCAUUUCAUUUGUUCAUAUGCACAGAUGCAAGAAAUGAAUUGAACAACAACAAAAUAAGGUUAUUGACAUUAUUAGAACAGACUUACAGUAUAACGUUGAUGAUGACACACUUUUGUGAAAUUGGCAAUACUUUUGCAGCAAUUCAUUUAAUUAUUCCAAAGAAAGUACUCAAUGUCCUACAUUAGUACUUACUGGAACACCAAGAAAUCACGAGAUAGUCAGAGGAGCAAAUGGCCUAUCCGUAGACAUUAAGAAAGAGCAAUCAAACCCAGAGCAGCUGAUGGCUUCCUGUAUCUGUCACCAAGUAAAAUACAUCCUCAAUCAUUAUAAAAAAUAUUGUCUUAGAACAUGCAACCGCCCUCAUCAUUCCCAACGACCAGGAUGUCGUACCCUUGCCCCUGUCUUCUCUAAUGACCCUCGGUCUGUGCUAUUCCUGACCAUUCCCUCCCUACACCCUCCAGUUCCACCACCAUUUCUGACUCUGGUCGUCCUUUCUGGUCGCCCUUAUAACCGAAUGCCAUCUGUCUCUCCAUUGGCUUGGCCUGUUCCCCCUGACCUUCCCAACGCAUAUUCAUGAGGCUUCCUGCCGCCUUGUGUAUGCCUAUGCAGCUGCCUGUUCCUGUGUGUGAAGAGAGGGAGAGGGGGGCGACAAAGAGAGAGCGGUGAACAGAGAACAGAACAGCAGCCGGGCUGGAGGCUUCAGCCAUGUCAGUUUUCUCUACAACGCUGGACAGACGAUGAGAAGAGAGGAACCAUGGCCUUGUCACUGAGUGCAGAUGAAGAGGAUUAUGAAUCAGAAUCUGAACAGCAGCAUGCAGCCAACCGGCCAAAGCCCAAGAUGGGGACGUCAGCAGCCGUCAAGCUGCCGUCCAAUCGCAGUGCGUCUGGCGCCAGACGCAGGAGAACACGCUGCCGAAAGUGUGAGGCGUGCCUCCGAACCGAGUGUGGAGACUGUCACUUCUGUAAAGACAUGAAGAAGUUUGGAGGACCAGGGCGCAUGAAGCAGUCCUGUAUCAUGAGGCAGUGCAUUGCACCUGUCCUGCCCCACACGGCUGUGUGUGUUGUGUGUGGAGAAGCAGGUAAGGAGGACUCCCUGGAGGAAGAGGAGGACAAGUUCAAUAUCAUGCUCAUGGAGUGCUCCAUCUGCAGUGAGAUUGUUCACCCCAACUGCUUAAAGGUUAAAGAUGCGUCUGGCGUGGUGAAUGAUGAACUUCCCAACUGUUGGGAAUGUCCCAAAUGCAACUCAGCUGGGAAAACAGGAAAAGUCUGCAAGCAAAAAAGGGGACCAGGGUUCAAGUACGCGUCCAACCUCCCUGGCUCUCUGCUGAGGGAGCAGAAGGCGGUCAAGGAGGAGGGCGAGUCCACCUCUACGUCUACAGUCAAGAGGAAGCCUGAGAGGGAUGAGACUCCCAGACACAGACCUGAGGAAUGGGAGACCCUUCACAGACAACCCCCUGUCCUGACCCCCAGCACCCUGCCUCGGCCCAGACCUGAGGACAAACUGAGGAAGAAGAGAAAGCUCUUCGACGAUGACUACGAAGAGGACUUUGAUGUGAGGAAGAAGGGAAAGUCAGAUGGACAUCUGUUCAUUAAUCAGAUCAAGACUGAAGAGGAGGUAGAUGAAGAGGAGAAGGCCUCUCUGUACCGGCGAGGCCUGGAGAGGAGAGGGCGUUUAAGAGAUACUGAGGAGGAGGCAGAGGACGGGGAUGACGAGGACACAAAGACAAGCCUGCCCAGGCCUCCUCUCAAAACUUCUGUUCUAGACAGUGACCAGUCUCACUGCAGCUCUCCAUGGGCUGGCCCCAGUAGCGAGGGGGGCAGUGAACCCCAGGAGAAGGGCCCACGUCCCAAAGCGUGCCGCAAACGCCGAUUACCAAACAAAGAGCUGAGCAAAGAGCUGAGCAAAGCACUGAACCAGGAGAUCCAGAAGACCGAGGACUGCCUUGCCAAUGAGAACCGCCAGCCCCUGAAGGUGGAGCCAGAGAGUGAGAAUGAAGAGCCAAAGAGGAGCUUCCGCAAUGGCAGUGACCUAGGAGGGGAGCGGCCACACCUCUGGACCAAGGAAAUUAACGGCACUCCCUGGGAGCUGCGCCACUUCUACCCCAGCCAAAUCACCCCUCUGGGCUUCAACAGGAGCUCCCCUGGCACCCGGCCCCUGCCCCCACGCUCCCCACCCAAGUGUGUCCAAAUGGAGCGCCACGUCAUCCGGCCGCCCCCCAUCAGCCCCCCACCGGAUAGACUGCCCCUGGUGGACGGGAAAACCCACGCGGUGCAGCGAGAGGUCUGGGUGAAGAUCUUCGGACACGUCACACACAAGGAGCUGUGUGUCUGCAUGCGUGUCUGCAAGACAUGGAACCGAUGGUGCUGUGAUAAAAGACUGUGGACCAUAAUUGAUCUGAACCGCUGUAAAUCUAUCACUCCCCUUAUGCUGAGUGGCAUCAUCCGCAGACAGCCCCUCUCACUGGACCUCAGCUGGACCAACAUCUCCAAGAAGCAACUAAGCUGGCUUAUAAACCGCUUACCGGGUCUGCGGGUGUUGCUGCUCUCAGGUUGCUCAUGGGUGGCUGUGUCUGCCCUCUGCACCUCUAGCUGCCCUCUGCUGCGCACCCUUGAUGUGCAGUGGGUGGAGGGGCUCAAGGAUGCCCAGAUGAGGGACCUGCUCUCGCCUCCGACCGACAACAGACCAGGCCAGUUGGACAACCGCUGUAAGCUGAGGAACGUUGUGGACUUGCGUCUGGCCGGACUGGACAUCACAGACGCCUCUCUGCGUCUGAUUAUCAGACAUAUGCCGGUACUUUCACAACUGGACCUGAGCUACUGCAACCACGUCAACGACCAGUCGGUCAACCUGCUGACGGCCGCAGGGACCACAACCAGAGACUCCCUCACAGAGAUCAACCUGUCAGUUUGUAAUAGGGUGACAGACCAUUCCCUUACCUUCUUCAAGCGCUGUGGGAGCAUCUGUCACAUUGACCUACGCUACUGCAAACAGGUGACCAAGACGGCCUGUGAACAGUUCAUAGCAGAGAUGUCCGUGAGUGUACAGUUUGGCCUCAAAGAGGACAAAUUACUGCAGAAACUCGGCUAGUUCAUUGAGGGACACUUACACGGGCCAAAAUGUACACAACAUAAUAACUACCGUUUGCACUAAAUGGAGCAAGACAAGGUUUCCCCAUCAAGCCUGGACUGGUUGGUUUUGUAUGUUUAUUUCCUCUUCAUGGAGAAUAUACCGUGUUAGAUUUCUGAACGAACAAUGUCACAUGAGUCGAUGAGAGAAGCAGAGGUGUGUAAAUGGACUGGGCAGAUUUUUGCAUCGAUCUUUCUGGAUGUUGUAGAAUCCUUGUACUGAAAGGGGAAGAUGUAAAGCUACUGGACAGAAGGAGAUGGUGAAGGAAAACAUCCUGCGGGAGUGUUUCUUUUUGUGUUUGUAAAAACAAAAAUAUUUUAAAGGUUUGUUAUAUUGAAUUUGUUGGGGAAUUUUUCUAUUAUUUAGGUUUGUUUUAUACAACAAUUCAUUCAUUGGGCAAAACAUUUUUAAGUUAGUGAAAGUUUAUGUAUGCAGUACGAGAUACACUCCAGAUUUCAACCUAAUGAACAGACCCCAGAUGACAUGUCAUAGAACUGAAUAUUGACCUACAGUUCCUUUAUAUCAUUUUGCCUUGACACCGAUGGUAAUAUAUAUUUUUGGAUGCUGUGUUUUACCUGAUAUGUGCCAAUUUCUGAAGUUGACAUUACAGUUUAACGGUAGUUACUGACUUGGACUGGAUUUACUUUACAUAAAACAUGGAAAUAAGACCAUGAUAAAAUACAUGUUAUAAAAGUCUAAAGCUGCAAAAUGUAACUUUUGGGGUGACCUGACCAAUUUCACAUAGAAAUGUGAGUUAUAGACCUGUCAUUGAAAGCAAGUCUAAGAAGCGGUAGAGUUCAAUUCUUUCUAUGCUUCCCGUUCUUAAGUUUUGUUUUUGUCUUUUGCUUUCGGUUUUGUGCACCAGCCUUAAACAGCUGAAAAUACAAUAUUUUUGGUUAUGGAAAAUAUAUUUCACAGUGGUUUAGAUGGUAUUCUAGACUAUACUUGCUUAUUUUGUCACAAACUAAAAUUUGUGUGAACUAUUAGAAUUUUUGCAACCAGGAAAUGGCGGGGCGAUUUCUGCAUCUUUAAAUAAAUGUUGCACAAGUGAUUAAAUUAAUACAGCUUGAAAUUAAUCAGUCAAUCAAUAUUGACAUAAGGAAAGUUAGUCAAAUGUAUUUUUAAAUCUCUGUGAUACAUUUUGAAAUUUGUUUGAAACAGGAAAAUGCAAUCUCGUGUUUAACAUGUUUUAGCAAGAGCCCAUAAUGUGAGUGUGUAAAUUAAUUGAAUCCUUUUUCACCCAUGCAUACAAUAAGUGGCCUCCAGACUUGGUGUGCAGUACGUUUCUUUUGAAAGAGCAUUUGCUCAUCCAAUCAUUAAUUCCAAGAUUGACAGAUCUACUCAUUGUUUUAAAUUUUCUUUAUUUAUAUUUGAGUAAUCAUCCAUAAUCAUAUCUGUGGUUUUGUGCAAAUAAUAUAAUUGUCAUUAUUUAUGUGUUGUGAUUGUGGCAUACAAUGUCAAGUAAAUGCUAUUGGCCACACAGAUGCACAUGAUGUAGUUUUAUAUUUGUAAUGAUUGUCAUUAAAAGUAUAUUUCUCUGUAUAAAAUC